GCUGUACGGACACAUGAUUUACCCUCAAUCUCAAGCGUCAGAGAUCUUUACCUACCCAACCCUGUGCUCUGUUCUUGACGUCAUAGGAUCAAUAUUGCGGCCGACAGCAGGUCAGUGCCUUCGACUUUGGCCUAUGGCUCGGGCAUCUAACUCUUUGCACAAUUCUGUAGGACGCGAACAGGUACAGACCUCAGCAGCUCCCUGUCCCUUCCAGCUUCUGUCUCUACCUGCUCCCUGUCCUAGUCCGGCGACAACAUGGGCUCAGGUCAAGGCGACACACCAGCCCUGGAGUCAGGGGUGCCCUGCAGCCUGUUUGGGGCCAUGUCUUCCUCCAUGGGCAUGACCCGGCACACCUUCACCUAUGAUGAGGCCCUGGACACACCCAUGCAGUCCCCACCCCCAGACGUGAGCUUUGGCUUUCUUUGGAAAGACCCAGUCAUCCCACAAAGAAAGUUCAAGAGGAUUGCAGAGGAGGAUGAAGGUGGGGCCUCCAGGGCUCUGCGGGGCCCGUUCGAGACGAAACCCUCUGCUCAGCCUCCGUUCCCCGUGGUCAAGACCAAGGCCUCCUCCCUUGUGAACACACUUAUGAUCAGGCAGACCCAGGAGAGCCUGCUGAGGUUUGAGCACCAGGCAGGUCUAACAGAGGCUGGUUACUCCCCCCACAGGGGCCUGUCUGCAGAAGAGACACACUUCCACCGCAUGGCCGAGCGGCCCCUGCAUAAGUUGAGAGUGCCCAUCGGGGACAAGGAGGAAAGGCUUUCAACAUCAGCUCAAUCCACCCCUUCUGUCACCCCCUGUGUAACCCCCUGUGUAACCCCCUGUGUCACCCCCUGUGUCACCCCCUGUGUCAGCCCCUGCACCAGCCCCUACGCCUCUCCAGCACCAAACCGCAGGAACUGGUUCAACCUGAGCCCUGCACCCUUCCCUGCCACACCAGAACUCACUAGUGCCAACCCAGCAGACAUGGGAGGAAACGAGGGAGGACGAGGAGGAGCGGAGAAGUGGAGCCUGUUUGGGACACGGUCCUCCACCGACCCUGGCUCCGAGACCAACACGGGCUUCUCACUGCAGUCCUACUUUGGCCUUCCCAAGUCCACAACCAUGGACUCCAUCAACACCCAGGUCAGCCUCAUGGUGGACGACCCGUCCAGCUUCAACCCCCCCAAGAUCGAGAUCUCUGGCAUCGACGCUCAGAGGGUCGCCCAGCGACCUCACAAACUCAAGCCUAGAGACAUGAACGUUCUCACCCCAUCUGGUUUCUGAUGCGUGAUUCUCCUUCCCUGUUCUCUCCCCCCCCCCCACCCCCCUCUCUCUCUCUCCUCAUGCCACCUCACCCUUUUCAAGUAAUGGCCUCCACCCUCUUCCUCCACAUGCAGACACCCUGGAGCUCUUUCUGAGAUACCCAAGAUUCUCGUGUCUAGUGCCAAUACUUCCCCAUCGCUAAGUUAUCUCCCCCCCCCACCCCCCUCUCUCUCUCUCCUCAUGCCACCUCACCCUUUUCAAGUAAUGGCCUCCACCCUCUUCCUCCACAUGCAGACACCCUGGAGCUCUUUCUGAGAUACCCAAGAUUCUCGUGUCUAGUGCCAAUACUUCCCCAUCGCUAAGUUAUCUCCCCCCCCCACCCCCCUCUCUCUCUCUCCUCAUGCCACCUCACCCUUUUCAAGUAAUGGCCUCCACCCUCUUCCUCCACAUGCAGACACCCUGGAGCUCUUUCUGAGAUACCCAAGAUUCUCGUGUCUAGUGCCAAUACUUCCCCAUCGCUAAGUUAUCUCCCACCCCCACCCCCCUCUCUCUCUCUCCUCAUGCCACCUCACCCUUUUCAAGUAAUGGCCUCCACCCUCUUCCUCCACAUGCAGACACCCUGGAGCUCUUUCUGAGAUACCCAAGAUUCUCCUGUCUAGUGCCAAUACUUCCCCAUCGCUAAGUUAGGGCUGAUUCAUCCAGGCCCUGAAGCGUUUCUCCACACCAAGACCCAGCAGGUCCUGCUGGUCUGACAGGCUGGUCCUCAGGUGUUCCACAAUGCAGCUUCAAAAAUACUAUGUUCAGGUUUGAGUUCAAAUGCCUUGAACCUGUCAUUGUGGAUCACCUCCCCCAUGUUCCUCUGACAUGGGGAGACAGACGUCCAUGGUCUGAUGUCUCACAGGGUCCCCCGCUUUGUAAAACUGCCACAGUUAUGUAACCCACUGUCACUAGUACUGUAUAGCACAGACACACACACACACACACAGACCAAGACAGAUACACAGAUACAAGCACAGCAUAGCACCAACCAUGUAAAAUCUAGUUACCACAAUCUUGUAUCUGGUGAAGUCUUACAGAUUUUUCCAAGUGUGUUGUAUUUCAGUUUGCUCCCAGAUUGUACUUUAUUUGAAGGCAGUGUGGUCUUUGACUGUGGCUAUGCUUGCUCUUCACUGGCUACUGAUGACUCAGUUUAAUAUAAUUUUAUAUUUAAGGGAGUAUCUUAAUAGUAUUAGCUAGUAAGUAAAUUGAUGAGUGAGUGGCUUUUUGCUAUUAUGGAAUGAAUUGAGGUUUGUAUUUCAAAAGCAUUUGACUGCUCUGCUUGAAAUCAUUUUGUGUUAUGUGUUUUUUGCCUGUAUGUCAUGUUGUGUCCCUAUCUUACCACUGAUGCAACAAAUUAUUGAGUCUUAAGUGGUAAUUUGAGAUGUUUUUAUACUUUUUAUUUUAGCUUUUUUUGAGUUAAAUGUUAAUGAAUUUUAGUAAUGAAUUGCUCAAUGAAUUCUGCUGGUCUCAUUGACCUAAUUUGUAUAUAAACCUGACAUUAACAAGUA